AUGCCCUCCCCAGCCCGCCCCCGCCAUGUGGCAUUCUCCCACAAGCAAAAGAAGCUGCAGCUGCAGACCAAACGCGCAAUCAAGCGCGGAGAAGAGGUUGAGGUACUUGAACACGGCAAGAAUGGGCGUAUUCGCCUCGACCGGUCUCACAAGGCUCGCUCCGAAGCACACGGCGGGCUGGAGCUCUUCAGCCGCUUCAUCGCCAUCCCGCAUGAUUACGUUGCUCGCACACGGGACGCCGCCUGGAACGACCAGCUACCUCGACCCCUCCCUGAUUCUGUCGCAUCAUUCCCCAUGUCCCUCGUUGACAACCCGACAGGCGUCAACCUGUCCGUGCCCAGCCGCCCACGUUUCAACACGGGCCAGAGCAAACGGGAGGUAGAACAGAACGAGGAGGCAGUCUUCGAGGCUUGGCUCCAAGGGGCACGCGAUGUCGUUGAGGGUUGGGUUGACGGCGCGGAUAUGGACUCAUUCAACCCGGAUUCCACACCUGUCCGGAGUCCGAGCUCCUUUGAAACGAACCUCGAGGUCUGGCGUCAACUGUGGCGAGUAGUUGAGACUUCCUCGAUCAUCCUCCUUCUAGUCGACGCACGCUGUCCCCCUGUUCAUUGUCCACCCUCACUGCGGUCGUACCUGCGCCUGCUACAGCCUCACCGGGAGAUCAUCCUCGUCCUAACAAAAGCCGACCUGGUCGACCCCGAUGCUCUUGCCUCCUGGCAAGUCUGGCUCAAACAGUGGUGGAUGUUGGGACCACCAGUCGCUGAAGAUGAGCUCGAACCUCAGGUGGUGUCUGUGUCUUCGUAUGACACCUCGCUUCUGUACGGCCAAGGCAAGUCACGCCACCGACCCUACAUCCCCGAUACGGCGCGAGUGGCCCUCCUUGACGCGCUCCAGAUCGCCCAUGCCCGGCUUUUGUCACCCCCCUCUGGAGUCACUGCGGACCCAGACAAACUCGCCACUUGGAAGCCGAAUGUGCGCGAGAUUGUGCACUGGGGUGACCUAGAAGGUGAUACGAUAUGUGUCGAGGACAACAGCGAGGUGGUUGGUCGCGGUGCCGUGACUGAGGACGCGAGCGACGGUCCAUCCACCUGCGUCCGCCAGGUGGAGCCGCUUACAGUUGGCCUGGUCGGGCAGCCCAAUGUUGGCAAGUCGUCACUCCUGAACGCCCUCCUCGGCGAGACGCGCGUGUCCGCUUCGAGGACACCAGGCAAGACCAAGCACUGGCAGACCAUGCUCUGGGGCCAGCGCCGUGAGGUGCGAAUCGUGGACUGCCCGGGCCUCGUCUGUCCCAGUCUCGUCCCCAUGGAGCUGCAAGCCAUGAGUGGAAUCCUCCCCAUCUCCCAGAUCCCAUCUCUUCCGGCGUGCGUCGCGUUUGCAGCCAAAUACCUCCCUUUGGAGCGUAUCUUCAAUAUCCCAGCACCCGAGGUUGUCGUCGAUGAUAUCGUGUCGAAGAAGACGUGGCGCGCAGGCUACCGACCACAUGUCUCAGCCAAGCCCAUGGGUCCACGUUGGACUGCAGGCGACAUCAUGGACGGACGGGCAACGGAUCGCGGCUUCAUGACAGCCAAGUCUGCCCGUCCUGACGCCAACCGUGCUGCGGACGGCAUGAUGCGGUCGCUGGCUGAAGGUCGCGUACGCUGGUGCUUCUGGCCUCCGAACUCCACCCCGAACCGUGACGGAUGUGGCUUGUGGCUUGGCCAGUACCACGACACCGGCAGCGAGGAGUUGAGCCCCGUCGACAGUGACAUCGAGACCUCUAACAAGCGCACCACUAGGACGCCAGCCGUGACCCAGCAGGUGGUGAGCGAUCUGGGCAAUGAGAGCAGUGACGAGGAUACCGAGUUCACCAAGGCCAACAACGCGAGCUUCUUCGCAGCCCUGAGUCUUGAUGACAGGGGCGACCACAGUGAUGACGAGUAG